AUGCCUCGGGGCCAGAAGAGCAAGGUUCCUGCCCGGGAGAAACGCCACCAGGGCCGUGCUGAGGCUCAGAGUGUCGGGGGUGCUCCUGCUGCGGCAGCACCAGCCGCCGCAGCAGAGGAGCCCCCCCGCUGCCCCCCACCCGACGCGGGAGCAAUGCCCCCGGGCUCCCCCGAGGCGGGUCCCGCCCCGCAGCCCCAGGGCGCCCCGGCCCCUGGGUCUCCUGGCGCGGGCCCUCCAGGCCCGCCACGUGACCAGGGCGCCGAGAACGCGGCCGCCCCCGCGGCCCCCCCGGCCGCCCGCAAAGACCCCCUCACCCGCAAGGCCAGCUUGCUGGUGCAGUUCCUGCUGGAGAAGCACAGCAGCGGGGAGCCCAUCACGCGGGCCGCGAUGCUGAAGAUGGUCAGCAGGAAGUACCGCGAGCACUUCCCCGAGAUCUUCAGGCUCGCCUCGGAGCGCAUGGAUCUGGUCUUCGGGCUCGAGCUCAGGGAGGUCGACGCCCGCAGCCAGUCCUACACCCUGGUCAGCAAGCUGGCCCUCCCGAGCGAUGGCACCCUGGGCGGCGGCAACAAAGGGCUGCCCAAGACCGGCCUCCUGAUGGCGUUCCUGGGCCUGAUCUUCAUGAAGGGCAACCGCGCCACCGAGGAGGAGGUCUGGGAGUUCCUCAACAUGCUGGGCGUGCACGAGGGCAGGAGGCACCUGAUCUUCGGCGAGCCCCGGAAGCUCAUCACCCAAGACCUGGUGCACCAGGGCUACCUGGAGUACCGCGCGGUGCCCGCCAGCGACCCUCCGCGCCACGAGUUCCUGUGGGGCCCGAGAGCCCGCGCGGAGACCAGCAAGAUGCAGGUGCUGCAGGUGCUGGCCAAGAUCAACGACACCGUGCCCAGCAGCUUCCUCGCGUUGUACGAGGAGGCGCUGCAAGAGCAGCAGGAGCGCGCAGCGGCCCGUGGCCGGCGCCGCAUCUAG